UAAAAUCCUCUCCUCUCCUCAGGCUGCGUCUUGCACAGUUCGAAAUUUCGAAUGGCGUGGCGGAAAGCCUUCUCGAGAUCGUUGCUAACCGCUGCGCGGUCGUCGUCCGGCCGAUCGCUGCCAGCGUCGGCCCCAAGUUUCUGUGCUCCGCCUUCCGGAGUCCCUGGCCUCCAGCAGCUUUGUUUUGCCUCUCCUCGGCAUCUGGAUGAACUAGGGUGGAUGCAGUCCUUCCCUCCUCUUUACAGUACAGUGGCCUCUCCUGGAGAUGGUGGAGAUUCUGGGCAAAAGAAUAGUCCUUCAUUUGAGAGUGCUGAUGAUUUUGAACGGCGUUUAUUUGGUGAUAAAGGCGAUGACAAAAUGAAUGCUCCUUUUUAUCGCAAGCUUGACAAGCUGGAGAAGGCUCAUGAAAGAUAUACUGUCUCCAGAUCAAAUGUUGGUAACGGUUCCAGUAUAAUAGAUGGUAUAAGUAAUAGUUUUGAUUCACUAUCAGAUGGUAUGGAUGAAAAGUUGGACAAAGCAGCCCGUACAUUUACAUAUAGCAAUGAGAUACAGGAAGAAGAUUAUAGGUUCAGACCGGAUGUGACAUUUUAUCCUGGGAACACCUACAGUCCAAGGGAUCUUGAUCUCACAAAGCCUGGGAUUCAUAAGCCUCCCAAAAGAACAGAGUUCACGACUACCACAAAAGAGGUACUGAGGAAAGCUGAUUUCAGGAACGUGAGGUUCCUCGCCAACUUCUUGACUGAAGCAGGAAUUAUAAUCAAAAGAAGCCAUACGCGAAUCAGUGCCAAAGCUCAAAGGAAAGUCGCUAGGGAAAUUAAAACUGCAAGAGCUUUUGGAUUGUUGCCAUUCACCUCCAUGGGAAGGAAACCCUUUGCUUUCGGGAGAAACAUGAAAGACGACGACGAUGAAUAUGAAACUGACGAUAACAUAGCUGCACCUAGUGUUGCAAACAAUUACGAGGGAAGAUGAUCUGUGGUCGUGAAGCUGUUUUUCCGAAACAUCCUUCAUAAAAACUAGUGUUGCAGUCUUUUUACAGAUGACCCUUUUAUAUUAUAGGCUUUGGACGUUCAGCAUGAAAUGUGAUGGCUAAGUUCAUUGCCUAAAAAUAUGCUGCACAAAAUGUUGGUCUCCCCUUGCUACUUGAUGGCGGCUACAAACAAAAGGUUUCUGUAUGAUUAAUUUGAACUUGCAAAUAAGCAUCUGUAACAAAUUAUGAUAUGUACAAGAGUUUCACACUUUACAAGCCAAAAGCAAUCUAAAUAAUAGACCAUGCAACCAA